AUGGGUACCCUCCACCUCUUUAGGGGCCCCCUGAGCAGCAAGAAGCCCUGCGGAAGCCAGAGGGGACAGAAGGUGGAGAGGAGGCAAGGAAAAAAAGAAUUAAAAGAAUUAAAAGAAUUAAAGGAAUUAAAAGAAUUGAAAGAAUUAAAAAAGACAGAAAGUGACUUUGCUGCUGCUGCGGACUUUUGUGGGGUUUUCGAAGAGAUAAAAGAAUUGACCAAAGAGUCACCCGAGGCUUUUGGCCUUUUGCUGUUUGACAGAUUUGUUGCAGCUCCAAUUAAAAGCAUCUUUUUGGGUUCUCGCCUCGAAAUAGAAACUCCCAAUUGUGGCUGCCGCAUUGCCUUUGAGGGGCACAUCUUGCGGCCAGUGCAGCUGGGGGCCCCCCAGGGGGGCCCCCCGGGGGCCCCCCCGGGGGCCCCCCCGGGGGCCCCCCCGGGGGCCCCCAAAGGCGGGCACCAGGGGGGCCCCCCGAGGGGCCCCCUGGGGGCCCCCAGCUGCAGCAGUCGGGAGCAGCUUCCACAAGGCAGAGGCCGGGAGAGCAGCAGCGCUGCGCAGCCCAAGACGAAGGCCCAGACUGCAGCAGCAGCAGCAGCAGCAGCAGCAGCAGCAGCAGCAGCAGCAGCAGCAGCAGCAGAGAGCCCGCUGCCGCUUGCUGCGCUGCGCAUAGUGCGCCGCAAGUGGAGAGUGGGGGCUGUUGAGCGGCUGCUUCCUUCGGGCCCCACAACUGCAUGCGUUUGUGCAUGCGCAUGCAGCCCCACAGACUCCCGCGGUGUCUCUGCAGCUCCGGGUGUAUCUGCAGCUCCGGGUGUAUCUGCAGCUCCGGGUGUCUCUGCAGCUCCGGGUGUAUCUGCAGCUCCUGGUAUGUUUGCAGCUUCGGGUGUAUCUGCAGCUUCGGGUGUAUCUGCAGCUUCGGGUGUAUGUACAACUCCAGGUGUAUGUGCAGUUGGGGUGUAUGUACAGCCUGGGGUGCAUGUACAGUUGGGGUGUAUGUACAGCUUCGGGUGUAUGUACAGUUGGGGUGUAUGUGCAGCUUCGGGUGUAUGUGCAGCUGGGGUGUAUGUGCAGUUGGGGUGUAUGUACAGCUGGGGUGUAUCUACAACUCCAGGUGUAUGUACAGUUAGGGUGUAUGUGCAGCUUGGGGUGUAUGUACAGCUGGGGUGUAUGUGGAGUUGGGGUGUAUGUACACCUUGGGGUGUAUGUACAACUCCAGGUGUAUGUACAGUUGGGGUGUAUGUGGAGUUGGGGUGUAUAUACAGCUGGGGUGUAUGUACAGUUGGGGUGUAUGUACAGUUGGGGUGUAUGUACACCUUGGGUUGUAUGUGGAGUUGGGGUGUAUGUACAGCUGGGGUGUAUGUGCAGGUGCAUGCACGCGGUGUCUGUACAGCUCGAAGGCGCUGCUGGUGA